AGGGUCAAGCAGCCCCUCCCCGUCAUUAUAUAUUGCGUCACAUCAUAGCGACACACUCCGAUGCCAGAGACAGGGUCGAUUUAAACAGUAAAAACAAACAGUUUGGGACCAAUAUCAUGGAGGCCACAGGGUUCUGUGGAAUGGAGGUGGCGACUCGGGGGCUAGUGGGGGGAUCUGGCAGCAGCUCCCCUCCAGAGCUGGACAGCCCAGGUAGCCAGGAGCACCUGGGGCUGUUUGAGCUGGUCAGUAGUUGCUGCAGUGAGGAGGUGAGAGGGGAGACUCCAGGGAGAGAGGACUGCCCCCUGGACCCCAACAAUGCUGAGCUGGACCCAGGCGGUGGUGGUGGCAAGAUCAAGGACCAAAAGGGAUUGGGAAAAGAGGUUCUCCUACUGAUGCAAGCCCUGACCACACUAGCCUCCCCAGAGGAGAAGCUGGCCGCUUUGUGCAAGAAGUAUGCUGAUUCGCUGGAGGAGAGCCGCAGUAUACAGAAGCAGGUGAAGGUGCUGCAGAAGAAGCAGUCCCAGAUGGUCAAAGAGAAGAUCCACCUGCAGAGUGAACACAGCAAGGCCAUCCUGGCACGCAGCAAGCUGGAGAGCUCUGUAAGGGAACUGCAGAGACACAACAAAACCCUCAAGGAUGACAACACGCAACGGUCCAGAGAGUAUGAGGAGCGUCGUAAGGAGGCCACCCUUCACUUCCAGAUGACGCUGAACCAGAUCGAGGUGCAGAUGGAACAGCACAACUCUCACAACUCCAAGCUGCGCCAGGAGAACAUGGAGCUGGCACASAAACUGAAGAAAGUCAUCAAACAGUACGAGCUCAGGGAGGAGCCCAUUGACAAGGUGUUCAAGCACAAGGAGAAGCAGCAGCAGUUGGUGGAUGCCAAGCUCCAGAGGACAGCUGAGCUGAUGAGAGAGUUGGAGGGGAAGCAGCAGAGAGAGAGAGACUUUCUCCUGAAAGACGCCACAGAGUGGAGACAUGAGUGUGAGCUGUUGAAGGAACAGGAGACUCAGCUCAAACAGCAGAUGACCAAGAAGAUCAAGAAGCUGGAGAAGGAGACGACUCUGUGGAGAACGAAGUGGGAGACCAACAACCAGGCUCUGCUACAGAUGGCUGAGGAGAAGACACUGCGGGACAACCAUUACAAGGGCCUGCAUGGGAAGCUGGAGUGCCUGGAGAAACUGUGCCGGGCUUUGCAGAAGGAGAGGGACGACCUCACCACCAAACUGGGAGACCUACAGUCAACAACCGAGGAGGAGGAGGGGACGGGACCUCCAGACCCCCAGCCCAGCCAGGAGUCUACCCAGGAUGAGAUGUCUCCSCCUGGGAGGGGGGAAGAGACGCAGCCCCCUACUACCCCUGAACUGGAGCUAGAGUCCUCCACCACAGAGCAACUUGACAACUGAGCCACUAACCCCCUCUGCCUUUUUGGGGGUAUAUUUGAAUACAGUAUAUCUUUUUUUGUGUGUUUAAAGUUAUAAUUAAGAUUAAAAUGACUGCAUUAUUAACAAUGAAUAUAAUACUUUUUGCCCUGACUGUACAUUGUAAAAAUGGGCUUUGUGGUGAGCACUAGGCUCCCCAUUUUUCUACCACAUUUGUAUUUUCUUAGAUUGUCUUCAUGCUGUUGGUCAGUCACAGGGCUGUUGUUCAGCAGCUUUCUCGUGGUCAGUCACAGGGCUGUUGUUCAGCAGCUUUCUCGUGGUCAGUCACAGGGCUGUUGUUCAGCAGCU